GAGUUGCCCGGAUGUAGUUGGUGGAGCGGCAGCGGCGGCACCGGCGGCGGCGGCGGCGGCGGCGGCGACGGGAGGAGGAGGAGGAGGAGGAGGCGGAGGAGGAAGACGAGGCGGCGGCGGGGAGGAGGGAGGUGGCGGCGAGGGGCGGAGGAGGCGGUCGCUGUCGGCAGGGCCGAAGGACGCGUCUUGUGGCUCCGACCGCCCCCCCACCCCCCACCCGUCCCCGCGGGCCGCGCCGCCGCCGUGUCGUGGGGGGCGCCGCUGCCCCGGCUGGAAGUGAGCGUGGUGUCGGGCGACGGGACGGAGAUGGCCCGGGAGCGCCGGCGCCAGUGACGGGGGGCCGCUGAGAGUCGCCGAGGGCGCGCCGGGCCCUGCGCCGGGGCCGCCGCCAGCGCGCCCGCCGCCCGCCGCCCGCCGCCCGCCUCUCGCGGCCGCGCUCCCCCCUCCCCGCCGCACACGCUCACAGGCCGGGCAUUGAUGGUAAUGUAUGCGAGGAAACAGCAGAGACUCAGUGAUGGCUGUCACGACCGGAGGGGGGACUCGCAGCCUUACCAGGCACUUAAAUACUCCUCAAAGAGCCACCCCAGUAGCGGUGAGCACAGACAUGAGAAGAUGCGAGACACCACAGACCCUUCUCCACCCAGUAAGAUGCUGCGGAGAUCGGACAGUCCUGAGAGCAAAUACGGUGACAGCACAGGCCACGGCAAGGCCAAAAACGUGCACGCCCAGCGAGUGCGCGAGAGGGAAGGUGGGACCAGUUACUCUCCACAAGAAAACUCACACAACCACAGUGCUCUUCAUAGUUCAAAUUCACAUUCUUCUAAUCCAAGCAAUAAUCCAAGCAAAACUUCAGAUGCACCUUACGAUUCUGCAGAUGACUGGUCUGAGCAUAUUAGCUCUUCGGGGAAAAAGUACUAUUACAACUGCCGAACAGAAGUCUCACAGUGGGAAAAACCCAAAGAGUGGCUUGAAAGAGAACAGAGACAAAAAGAAGCAAACAAGAUGGCAGUUAAUAGCUUCCCGAAAGAUAGAGAUUACAGAAGGGAGGUGAUGCAGGCAACAGCUGCUAGUGGGUUUGCCAGUGGAAUGGAAGACAAGCAUUCCAGUGAAGCCAGUAGUUUGCUCCCACAGAAUAUUUUGUCUCAGACAAGCAGACACAAUGACAAAGACUACCGACUGCCAAGAGCAGAGACUCACAGUAGUACCACGCCAGUACAGCACCCCAUCAAGCCAGUGCUUCACCCAGCUGCUACCCCGGGCACUGUUGUUCCUUCUAGUCCAUUUACGCUGCAGUCCGAUCACCAGCCAAAGAAAUCAUUUGAUGCCAAUGGAGCAUCUACUUUAUCAAAACUGCCUACACCCACAUCUUCUGUCCCUGCACAGAAGACAGAAAGAAAAGAGUCUGCACCAGGAGACAAGUCAAUACCACAUUCUUGCAUAACUCCUUCCACAUCUUCUGCCUCCGGACUGAAUCCCACUUCUGCACCUCCAACAUCAGCUUCAGCCGUCCCUGUGUCUCCUGUCCCACAGUCCCCAAUACCUCCAUUACUGCAGGACCCAAAUCUGCUUAGACAGCUGCUUCCUGCACUGCAAGCCACACUGCAGCUUAAUAAUUCUAAUGUGGAUAUAUCCAAAAUAAAUGAAGUUCUUACAGCAGCUGUGACCCAAGCUUCUCUGCAGUCCAUAAUUCAUAAGUUUCUUACCGCUGGACCAUCUGCUUUCAACUUAACCUCUCUGAUCUCGCAAGCUGCACAGCUCUCAACACAAGCCCAGCCAUCUAACCAGUCUCCAAUGUCUUUAACAUCUGAUGCGUCAUCCCCAAGAUCCUACGUGUCUCCAAGAAUAAGCACACCUCAGACCAACCCAGUCCCUAUCAAACCUCUCAUUAGUACUCCUCCUGUUUCAUCCCAGCCAAAGGUUAGUACUCCAGUAGUGAAGCAAGGCCCAGUGUCGCAGUCAGCCCCACAGCAGCCUGUGACUGCUGAGAAGCUGCAGGGCCAUGAGCCUGCCUCUCCCAGAAGUCUUCAGCGCUCAAGUAGCCAGAGGAGUCCUUCGCCUGGUCCAAAUCACAGUUCGAGUAGUAAUGCGUCGAAUGCAGCAGUUGUACCCCAGAACUCAUCUGCCCGGCCUGCGUGUUCAUUAACACCCACGCUAGCAGCGCACUUCAAUGAAAGUCUCAUCAAACACGUCCAAGGGUGGCCUGCAGACCAUGCCGAGAAGCAGGCAUCAAGAUUGCGUGAAGAAGCCCAUAAUAUGGGAAGCGUUCAUAUGUCAGAAAUCUGUACUGAGCUAAAAAACUUACGAUCUUUAGUCAGAGUCUGUGAAAUCCAAGCAACCUUGCGUGAGCAAAGGAUACUAUUUUUGAGACAACAAAUUAAAGAACUUGAAAAGCUAAAAAAUCAAAAUUCCUUCAUGGUGUGAAGAUGUGAAUAAUUGCACAUGGUUUUUGAGAUGGGAACUGUACAUCUGUGGCCCAAUCUUAACAUUUUUGAGCUGCAUUUAAGUAGACUUUGGACCGUUAAGCUGGGCAAAGAAAAUGACAAGGGGCUGGGGUCUGUGUGCAUCAAUUCAGGAGAAAGACACAAGGUUGAUUUGUAAAACCCUUGAAAUGUAGAUUUCUUGUAGAUGUAUUCUUCACGUUGUAAAUAUGUUUUGUAGAGUGAAGCCAUGGGAAGCCAUGUGUAACAGAGCUUAGACAUCCAGAACUAAUCAAUGCUGAGGUGGCUAAAUACCUAGCCUUUUACAUGUAAACCUGUCUGCAAAAUUAGCUUUUUUUAAAAAAAGGAAAAAAAAAAGAAUUUUGGGGGGGCUAAUUUAUCAUUCAGAAAUCUUGGCAUUUUCAAAAAUUCAGUGCAAGCGCCAGGCGAUAUGUGUCCAAGGAUACGAUUUUGAACCAUCCAGGCAGUGUACAAAACACCAUUGAACACCGUGUCCACACCUGCACCUGACCGAGAGCAGUGCUUCUCCAUUUGUUUGCAGAGAAAUGUUUUCAGUUCCCGUGUGUCCAUUCCCUCGGAAACCCUGACCGGCUUUGAUCCAUUUUGUAGGGCUUCUCUUUUCUCCUUUCUUAAGGCACUGUUGCUAUGGCACUUUUCUAUAACCUUUUCAUUCCUGUGUACAGUAGCUUAAACAACUGCAGUGAUUGAGCAUAACCCACUUGUUUGUAUAAAUUAUUGAAAUCCAUUUGCACCCUCUAAGAAUGGACUUGAAAGUACUGCUGGGCAUGUGUGCUCCAAGUGCAGUGAUUGCUCAAACACAAGGAAAUGGGCCUGAUGAACGUGGUGUGGGAGGGGAAAGAGGAAACGAAGCUAGGCGGAUGUGAAUUGUAUCUGUUGUAAUAAACAUGUUCAAACAAA